UCGACUUUAGUGUCGCGACACAACGCUGCUGAUUUUUGUUAGAUUUAUCGCAGUUGCAAAGAGGCGACUCGAGCAACAAUACGGUAAUAAAUAUCCGCUCCCAUUGCAAAAGGAAAUCGCGAUUUGUGCGCAAUGAGCCGAAAAGAACGCUGCGAGAUGUCGAUAAAGUGAGCGAAACUUCGACAACGCGAUAAAGAAUUUAAAGAAUGCUGUGAAAUCACCAAAGAAGAUAAAUUCAAAUAAUAACGAUAAAUAAAGGAUAAAAGUGAAGUGUUGGAAAUAUUUUGAAAAAUCGUUUCAUCGAUCAGAAAAAUGACCCGUACAACGUUCGUUCUCGUUUUUGGAUUCCUGGCCGCGGCUUCUGCCAGAGACGCGGAUGUAUCGGCGCCGCUGAAGGAACCGGAAUUUCUCACCCCCGAAUACAUCUUGCCAUGCUCGAGACUGGAUCCUGCGAUUGAUAUCUGCAUUCAGAAGUCCUUAAACCACCUGAGACCCUAUUUGAUCAGAGGACUCCCUGAGCUGGAACUUCCUCCCAUUGAACCACUGACCAUUCCUGAAUUGGGUAUGCAGAAUGGUCAAGGAGCAGUCAGAGUAAGCGCUCUCUUCAAGAACAUCAACGCCAUUGGUCCUGGUAAUUUUACAGUCAGCAAGGCACGUGCAGACAUUCCGAACCUCAGGAUUGACUUCCACAUUACCAUUCCGAAGAUCGAACUACGAGGACGCUACGAAGUUGCCGGAAAUGUUCUACUCUUCCCCAUUCAGAGUCAAGGCGACUUCUGGGCAGUGUUCAGCGAAGUGGCUGCCAUUGCUCAAGUCCAGGGGAUCGAGGAGAUUCGCGAAGGUGUUCGAUACAUGAGGAUAUCUCACCUCAUGAUAGACUUCAGUCUUGGAAGAGCGAGGUUCCGCAUCGUCGACGAAUUGAAUGGAAACAACGUGAUUGGUCAGGCCAUGAAUCAGUUCCUGAACGAGAACGCAAAGGAAAUCAUCGAAGAAAUGCGGCCAGCAGCAAGUACAAGCAUCGCUACUCACUUCCGAGGUUUUCUCAACAAGGCAUUCACCAAAAUCCCGAUGAAAGUCUGGCUCCACGAUACGUAGAUGUUUUCGGAUGACGACGAACUUUGCAAGGAUGGCGAACAGACUUGCGCUUAGGCUUUUAGUGUUAAUGUAAAUUUCAUUCCAUGAUCUACGCUGAAGUCGAAGUUCUUCAAAUCCAAUUACAUGCCCAAAGUUUAUUAGGGUCUAGGACAAGGGACCGGGCUAAUCGUUCUCGAAGUAUCUGUCGAGGGUGAAAGGUGACGAUAAUUUUUUUAAAUCAUUUACAUUUUAUCUACGUGCAGUAUUCUAGUUGUGUCUAAUGAUUGAAUUUAGUCUGAUCACAAUGUAUUCAUUAGGAUAGGUAUAGUAAAGUCGUUUCGAGAUUACAUGGAUUAGAUUAUAUGCAUAACCACUUUUUGUAACGAGAUGAUAUAUACUGAUCACCUUUACUGCGAAUUAGAAGAAAAAAAUCGCGGUGAACUGGCUUGCGUGUAAAAAAAAAUUAAUACGCGCAAUUAAAAGAAGAUUGGAAAAAUGCGUUGACGAUUAGAUAAUCUAAUUUCGUUGUUACUGAUGCUAAUCGAAUGAAUCAAUUUGACGAAACGGAGAUCUUUUUGACAAUGACGAAAACGAAAAAUCAGGGACUUGGAGUUAUAUUGAAAAGGUGUAUUCGUCAAAAUCCUUUCUUCGUAUGCGAUUAUUAAUAUCUGGCCACCUCUAUGUCUUCUUAAUAUAUGUUACCCAUAUCGUUUAACUGGCUAUUUGUAUACCAUGUAUGAGUAUUGUAUAUUAUAGAUAUGGCCACAGAUGUAAGUAGAUCUUUCAGAUAUAUGUCAUGCACACACUUAGUGAUAGAAAUUUGAAAUAAAUAAAUUUUUACUGCGUUA